UAAUUGCCUCGUAUUUAAGUUCUCUACGCUCCCAUCACGCACUAGAACCCUAGCGCCCGUCCCGCCGCCGCCGCAGCCGCCGCUGCAGCACCACCGCUCCGUUUCACAACCAUGGGUAUCGACCUCGUCGCCGGCGGCCGCAACAAGAAGACCAAGCGCACGGCGCCCAAGUCCGACGAUGUCUAUCUCAAGCUCCUUGUCAAGCUCUACCGCUUCCUUGUCCGUAGGACAAAGAGCAACUUCAACGCCGUGAUCCUGAAGCGACUGUUCAUGAGCAAGACCAACCGCCCGCCGCUCUCGAUGCGCCGCCUCGUUAAGUUCAUGGAGGGGAAGAGUGAUCAGAUUGCCGUUAUUGUGGGCACCGUGACUGACGACAAGAGGAUCAACGAGGUGCCGGCGAUGAAGGUGUGUGCGCUCAGGUUCACUGAGACAGCUAGGGCCAGGAUCAUCAAUGCCGGUGGAGAGUGCCUCACCUUCGACCAGCUUGCGCUCCGUGCCCCGCUCGGGCAAAACACGGUUCUCCUGAGGGGUCCUAAGAACGCUAGGGAAGCUGUUAAGCACUUCGGCCCUGCACCAGGAGUGCCACACAGCCACACCAAGCCUUACGUUCGCUCAAAGGGAAGGAAGUUUGAGAAGGCAAGAGGUAGGAGGAACAGCAGGGGCUUCAAGGUCUAAGGAGCCGCAGCCAUGCAAAUCCAUGUCAUUUUGCUCUAAUCAGCUAUACAUUACUGUUUUGGGGUAUCAGAGUUGCAAUGUUUUACAUGUCAGAAUCUCAAGUUAUUACCAGAUAUUGGACCAAUCAAAUUUUGCUCUUAAUUUUUUGCGCCGUGAGAUUUUUGUUUGUCAGCCCGUGAUGAAGAUACUCUCAUAUCAUUGUUGUUGGUGCCAACAGUAUGAGAAAGUCUAGGUGCCUUUUUGCAUUGCUCA